AUGAAUAUAUUUUCGCCUGCGCGUCCUUACGUCCCGGCUGUGGUGUCUAUAGGAGGGAUCCAGUGCCGCCCUGCCGAGCAGCUCCCGCAGGAUCUCCAUGAGUGGGUAGAAGGAUCUGGGGAGGAGGGCCUCAUCUAUUUCAGCCUCGGGAGUAUAGUUAAGCCUUCAUCGCUGCCUGAAAAAAAUCGCCAGAUGUUCGUAAGGGUCUUCGCGUCUCUGAAACAGCGGGUCUUGUGGAAAUGGGACCAGGAGUCUAUGCCCGACCUCCCUCCAAAUGUAAUGCUGAAGAAGUGGGUUCCCCAGCAAGAUAUUCUCGGUCACCCUAAGCUGCGCCUCUUCAUAACUCAGUCGGGUCUCUACAGUACCCAAGAAUCCCUGUACCACGGCAAACCCGUCCUCAGUCUCCCAGUCUACGCUGACCAGUUAGCCAACGCCAGGUCAAUCGAGCGCCAGGGGUGGGGCAAAGGUCAUCAUCUGGGAGGAGAUGACCGAGGACGACCUCCUCGACCAAGAUCACCUCGAUUAUCAGCAGCGAGGGGAUGCUGGAAGUUUGUCCGGUCCAAAUCCUUGCUGAUGAAGGACCAGGCCAUGUCCCCUAAAUCUCUCUUGGUCUACUGGACAGAGUACGUCAUUCGACACAGAGGAGCGACCCAUCUGAGAUGCCCCUUGGCUGACAUGCCAUGGUACACAGCUUACAAUGUCGACGUGUGGCUGACGCUUUUUGCGUUAUGUGUUCUGCUUUUAUGGCUGAUUCUUCGUCUCGUAAUCGCUGUCAUUUCCUGCCUGCUAGGAAGAACGAAGAGGAAAAUGGAUUAGAAUUAAAUUUACAUUUGAAAAAAAAAGUAUACAAAUUUAUGACGGGGUAUAGAGUUCAACCUCUCUCCGGCAGGGGACUGUCAUAUCCUGCCCACGAGAUGGUCACUCGUCAGGUUUAUCAAAAUUGUUUUUAAAUCAUAUUUAUCUAGAGGAUGAUGUUUUAUAUGUCAAAAGAUAGCCUUUGUGAGACCCCAUUGCAAGAAUCUUCAUUAAAUGAUUAUUUUAUAGUCUCUAAAAUACACAAAUUGUCUUGAAAUCGAUGGUUAGCUAGGUCAAAGGGACAAAGUGUAACUCUUUACCAUCUCGGUUGCAUGUAUAUGGAUAAAUUUUCCCUGUUAUUUUCCAUUAAUUUGUUCUGAUUUUACUGUAAUAUAUUAAUGCAAUUAUCAGUGUUAUCAGUAUAUUUAAAAACUCCUUUGUAUGUACAAUAUGUAAUAUAUAUAAAUAUCAAAAGUGA